AUGUUUGCGGUCAUCCUGUCACGGCUGCUGAUGGGCGAGCGGCACUCCUCCAAGGUGUACUUGGCCCUGGUGCCGCUGGUGGGCGGGGUCAUGCUGGCCUCCGGCACGGAGCUCUCCUUCUCCUGGCUGUGGUCCUGGGUCUCUCCGGGCUCCGCGGCCGGCGGCCCGGCCGGGGCUUCCUCGGCCGCGGCGGCCGGCGCCAUCUCGGCCCUCAUCUCGUGCCUGAUUUUCAACCUGCAAAAUCUGGUCAGCAAGAAGCUCAUGUCCAAGCAGACUCUCGAGCCGGCGGCGUUGGCCUUCCACACCAGCUGGGCGGCCCUCUUUGUGCUGGUGCCCCUGUGGCUGUACUCCGACCGGUCCGGCUCGCUGGACCUCCUGCAUGCCGAUGGCCAGGCCCUCUCGCCUGGGGUCCUGCUGAUGUUGCUCUUCCUCAAUGGGGCCGGGCACUUCGCGCAGAAGGCCUGCGCCUUGACGCUCAUCCGCCUGAUCAGCCCGGUGGCCUACAGCGUGGCCUCCCUGCUGAAGCGCAUUUUUGUCAUCGCCAGCGCCGUGGUCCUGUCCGGGAUCCUGCCCAAGCCGGUGGGCAUCUUCGGCUUCACGCUCACCUUCUUCGGGCUGUGGAUGUACAACCACGCCCGGAGCGAGGCCAAGCGCAAGGCCGGCGGCAAGAAGGCUGGCAGCUUUGCUGCCGGGGCGAUGGCCGGGGCCGGGACCAUGGCCUUGGCCCCGACCGCCGACCCCCCUUCGGCCGCCGCGUUCGGCAACGGUGGUGGCAGCGAUGGCGGACGGCGAUCUUCCUCCGCCCUAGCGGGUGAUGCCGCCGCCGCCGCCGCCGCCGCCGCCGCCGCUGCCGCCGCCGCCGCCGCCGCCGCCGCUGCUGCUGGCGCCGCCACCGGGCCGCAGCACCCCCACGCCGCCCCGUACCACCAGCACUCGAACUCCUUUUCCAUGAUGACCGGCGGCGGCGGCGCUCAGCCGGGCGGCGUCGGCCAUCAGGCCUCCUCGACGCCAGCCGUGUCCUCAUCGCGCUCAACCCCGGCGGUGUCCUUCAUCCCGGCGGCCACUGGCCCCUCCUCCUCCGUGACUGUGGCCAUGCCCGCCGAGGCAGCCACGCCCGGGGACACCGGCAACAGCGGCUCACUGCCGCGCUUCACGGCGCACCAUCCCCCGACGGCCGGCUCCUCAAUCAUGCCGGUUGGGGGGCCGCCCAAGGAAGCAACCCCCUUCCCCAAGGUCCUCCACGGGCAGGAGCUCGGCCCGGCGUCAGUUUCGCAACUGGGAUCCCCGCACAUGGUGGUAGCCGGGCAGUUUGGUGCCGCCAAGCCGGCCGAUCACCCGGUGCCCGCCGGCAGCGCCGCGGCGGCCAUGCUGGCAUCGACAUCGUUGUCGUCAUCAUCUUCCCAGGCCACCACCCCGGUGAUCAAUGCCGCCAUGGCAUUCGGUGAUGUGCAUCACGCCGCCGCCACGGCCACGGCCACGGCCACCCCCGCCCCGCCGCUGCCGCGCCACCACCACACCCACCAUCACCAUACCCCGAUCAUGCUGUCCCGCACGAAUUCCUCCCUCGGCGCCGGGGGGGUGGUGGCCGGUGCCGGCGCGGCUGCCGAUCGCAAGACCGACGCCCUGCAAUUUGACAUGGCUGCCGGGGCCGGCGGCGGGCCGGGGAUGCUGACCUCGGCGGCGGCUGCACCCUCGAUCGUCAUUGCCAACUGA